AUGAAAGGGGUUUACAUUUCCUCUGGAGGAUGUAUUUUGUGGGCAGGAAUAAAUCUUAUCACGCAGAAUGAAAAAUUUUAUCAGAAAUUUAUUAUUCCUGCGUUCUUUACUUUUGAUCCAGAAAAAGCUCAUAACCUUUUAAUAUUUUCUGGAAAAUAUGGUCUCAUACCAAAAUCAUUUUAUAAAGAUCAACCGACAUUGGUAAAAAACAAAAUUUUAUGGGAUUUGAAUUUUACCAAUCCAAUAGGUCUUGCAGCUGGGUUGGAUAAACAAGGCGAAAUAACAAAAGCAUUAAAAAAUGUAGGGUUUGGUUUUGUAGAAGUUGGUUCAAUAACACUUCUACCUCAACCAGGCAAUGAAAAACCAAGAGUGUUUAGACUUUUAGAUAGUCAAGCUAUUAUUAAUAGGUAUGGAUUCAAUAGUGUUGGUCAAAAUAUUGUAUUUGAAAGACUUAAGAAUCUUAAGCAACACCAAAACUUUGAUGGUAUAAUUGGUGUUAAUUUAGGAAAAAAUAAAGAGUCUGAAAAUGCAGCUGAUGACUACGUGAAAGGUAUUGAAAAGUUUGCUUCAGUUGCAGAUUAUUUUGUUAUAAAUAUAUCCAGCCCUAAUACUCCAGGUCUGAGAAAUUUGCAAAAGAAAAAUGAUCUCCUAAGUCUACUUUCAAAAGUCGUGGAAGUAAGAAAUCAGUUAAGUGGAGAACGCAAAAUUCCAUUAUUAUUAAAAAUUGCUCCCGACCUUACUGAUCAAGACAAAAAAGAUAUUGUUGUUGUAAUAAUUAAUAAUAAAAAGUGUAAAGUUGAUGGAUUAAUAAUUUCAAAUACAACUAUUAAACGAAUUGGCGUUUAUGACAAUCCCAAUGCAUUAGAACCUGGUGGUCUUAGUGGGAAACCACUACAAGAAGUAUCUACAAAAUUAAUUUUAGAAUUCUAUAAAUUGACAAAUGGUAAAAUACCAAUUAUUGGAGUCUGUGGAGUUUUUAAUGGUCAAGAUGCAUAUGACAAAAUUAAAGCAGGAGCUUCACUUAUACAAAUGUAUACAUCUUUUAUUUAUAAUGGUCUACCAGUUAUAGUUAAUAUUAAAAAGGAACUAGAUUAUCUCCUGAGGUAA